UGCCCUUGGAUGAGAUCUGCACAACAGACGUUUUGCUGUCAGAACGAGUUACCAGAUGGAACUGCCCAGAGAACUUGGUGCCCCUUUCCUGGAGACAGCUAACAAAGGGAGGAGGGGAGCAUAUUUCUGCUCACAACCAGGGUUUGGCCGAGGUGACCACACAGCUCCCUUCCCGGCUCUAAUAGCCUAAGCACCUGACUCGAACUUCUUGGGAAUAACAAAGUGAUUUAAGGCCUGAAAGGAGAUGAGCAAUCCUCAAGACACAAAAAGUCCCGUAAGACAGGAAACCCGCUGGUUCCUUAUGCAUAAACUAGACAGCAGAGGCAGCACUGGUUGAUACAGAGUUUGCUUCUGCUAUUGAGUCUUCAAGAAGCUGCCGGGCUCCUCACCAUGUCCCUUUCCUCUUCUCACUGGCUGAUGGAUCCCAAGGGGCUCCUCUCCUUGAACUUCCUGCUGCUUCUCUCACUGGCUUUUGAACAGAGCUACGCAACAGGCAAGAGCAUGAUAAAUUGCCCAACCAUCGGUGGGCAGUUGGGAAGCAGUGUGCUGCUGCCCCUGACAUCUGAAGGGAUAAAUAAGAGUACAAACAAGAGCAUCCACAUCACUGUCACAAUGGCAAAAUCAGCAGGAAGCAACCGCAAUAAUAAACUUGUGUCUCUUGAUUUGCCAAAAGAAGGCUCUCUGCGCCACCUAGAAGAUGGCUAUAAAUUUCAUUUGGAAAACCUGAGCCUCGUGAUCCUGGAAAGCAAGAAGAAAGAUGAGGGCUGGUACUAUAUGACCCUGGAGGAACAGGUUUCAGUCCAGCACUUUUGCCUGCAGCUGAAGCUCUAUGAGCAGGUCUCCACUCCAGAAAUUAAGGUGUUAAACUGGACCCAAGAGAACGGGAACUGCAGCUUGAUGCUGGCCUGUAUGGUAGAAAGGGGGGACCAUGUGACUUACAACUGGAGCGAGAAGACAGGUACCAACCUGCUGAGCCCAGCCAACAGCUCUCACCUCCUGUACCUCACCCUCGGCCCUCAGCAUGCCAACAAUAUCUACAUCUGCACUGCGAGCAACCCCAUCAGCAAUCGCUCCGGGAUCUUCAGCCCAGGGUCCAGAUGCAAGUUGUAUUCCUCAGUACCAACACAAUGGGGACUGUAUGCUGGGCUGUUCUUAGGGGGCAUCAUUGGUGUCAUCAUGAUUCGCCAAGUGGUAAUCCUACUGUUGAGAAGAAGAGGUAAAGCAGACCAUCACCAGCCAACAGUGGAAGCGAAAAGCCUUACUAUCUAUGCCCAAGUCCAGGAAUCAGGUUGGCCUGAAGGGUUUAUUACACAAGCCAUGUCCACCACUGAGACCCAAGCUCCAUUUAGAGUCCCAAGAGCAACCUCCACCCUUGCAUUUACCGUGUCUGUUCAGAAGAAACCUGAUCCCCUGCCAGGUCAGGACCCCUGCACCACCAUAUAUGUUGCUGCCGCAGAGCCUGUCCCAGAGCCUGUUCAGGAACCAAGCUCCAUCACAGUCUAUGCCAGCAUAACACUUCCAGAGAGCUGACACCAUAGACCCAGUGAUGGGACUUUCGGAAGGAACAUGGAGGAGCCAAAAUAAACACUGAACUCGGCCCCAGGUCUCAAGUUCCCAAUGAUACUCUACACAUUGGAUCAACUCCUUGGUGAUGUUGCUUCCCCAUUGACCAGUGAAAUGGACAAGGAAGUGAGGCUUCCCAAGCAUUUAGUCUACUCUGCAGAGCACAGGCCCAGAAGAGAGUUUUCCAUUCCUCUGGUGUAGCAGAUCAAAUGGAUAAUGUGGGUCCAGUGAGUCCAGACUUUCAGGUGUCUUGCUCUUCGCCAGGACUGGAUAAUAAAAGCCAAAGGCAAAAAGCCAGGACAUCGAGCACCUAUUUCAGACAGCUGACCACCAGCCACAAAGUCUGGAACAGUUUAUAUUUUGACUGCCUGUACUUGGUUCUGGGAGCUGAACCUGAUCGCUAUGCAGACCUGAUCAAGGCUCUGUGCCUCAGUUUCUCUCUCUGGAUGGACAACGAAAGAUGAAUUCCUUCUUUUAUGUAAAACACUCUAGAUUAUUCUAUAAAAGAAGCUAAAGAGUCAAUAAACUGAAAAUAUGACUUUGAGGUCUCUGAGCUUUAAAUAAUGAAAUGAAAAUCAUCUAAUAUUCUUAAAAGUAUAGUUCUGUGUAAAUGGCAUUCAGAUUUAAAGAAAAGUGGCAAGUGUUUGGUGAUGCUGUUACAAAGGAAUUUGGGAUAAUCAGAACUUAUUCCAGGGUGAUUUUUUCACUUCCCAAAAUGAUUUUUAAAUCCUAGUUCUCUGUUUACUCUGUUGAAUAACAAACCUGGAGCCUCAGCUAAGACUCUUCAACCCGAUUCUGAAUCCAUUUUAUAUUCAUGGCAUUGCAUCAUCUACCAGGCACUUCCUAAUCCCUGCAUACCUCUCCUUACACUAAAUUUAACCUGUAGUAGGAAAUUAACAUAUUUUAGCCCAUCAGCUUCAAUAAUUGAAUGCUUAAUAACUUAAAUUGCAGGCUGCAGACAGAAAGAGCCUCUUUUCAUAGUCCUAUUUUCUUCCUGUUCUCUGCUUUUAGACAGGCCCUCUUCAAUUUAAGCUGUUCUUUCCGAUACGUUCUUGUAUGACCUUAGUGAACACUUUAAGAAAUCAGCAACUAUCUUACAACUGUAUAACAAGGGUCACCAACUUUUCAACUCAAAACUCUGAGGUCCUUAUUGCCUUGUACUAUCUCUGUUCCAUCAAUUCACAUUUUAGUUCUGUUACUUAGUGCAUUUCUUGGAACCAAUUUCAGUGAUAGUGUUCUUAGUUGCAAUCAACAGAAACUGAUGUGGAUUUUU